GCUUCAUUAGCGCAUAAACGGAAUAGGAAGGACACCUGCGAGGCCGCCAUUAAAAAGAAAAAAAAAAACAUUUAAGCCACAUUUCAACCGCCAAAGCGGUGGGCUUCGAGUGGAAACACGGCAGAAUUCCAGGUGAACUUGUCAGAAUCCUGUCUGAUGAUGGAAUUAAAUGAUAUAAAGUCCUCAGCGGCACUCAUGUAUGACGGCUUCAUCCAAAAUGCAGACUCUCGGACCGGCAACUGGCUGCUCAUGUCGUCCCCCGUCCCCCAGACGCUCAUCAUCAUAGCGUACAUUUACUUUGUCACGUCGUUGGGACCUCGCAUCAUGGAGAACCGCAAAGCCUUUGACCUCAAGGGAGUUCUGGUGGUUUAUAACUUCAGCGUGGUGGUGCUGUCGCUCUACAUGUGCUAUGAGUUUGUCAUGUCGGGGUGGGGAACAGGAUACUCCUUUCACUGCGACCUGGUCGACUAUUCGGAAUCUCCACAAGCGAUGAGGAUGGCGUCAACGUGCUGGCUUUACUACUUCUCCAAGUUCAUAGAGAUGUUGGACACAAUUUUCUUUGUAUUAAGGAAGAAAAACAACCAGGUGACAUUUCUACACGUGUACCAUCACUCCAUCAUGCCUUUCACCUGGUGGUUUGGGGUGCGCUUUGCCCCAGGUGGUCUGGGGACAUUUCACGCCCUGCUCAACUCUGUUGUCCAUGUCAUCAUGUACUCCUACUACGGCCUGACUGCCAUGGGCCCAAAGUACCAGAAGUACCUAUGGUGGAAGAAGUACCUCACCACCAUUCAGCUGAUCCAGUUUGUGAUGGUGACCACCCACAUCUCACAGUAUUUCUUCAUGCGGGAUUGCCCCUACCAGUUCCCCGUCUUCAUCUACAUCAUCGGGCUGUACGGCCUCAUUUUCCUCUUCCUCUUCCUAAACUUCUGGUACCACGCCUACACCAAAGGCAAGAGGCUGCCCAAGGUCCUGCAGGCUCAGACCUGGGCCCACCACUCCAACGGCGUCAUGAACGGGAAUGCCAACCACGAGAAAGAUGAGUGAUGAGGGGUUCCAUAUUAUACUUGUCACAAGUUGGGUUUGGACUUUAAGACAAUCGUUAAAUUAUGACCAAAGUUAUAUUUAAGAAGUAUAUUCAUUUUUAUUGUUGAUGCUCAAGGUAAUUCUUCCCGGAAAUGUCCAGAAAUGCUCCCGUCGUUCAUGCUUAGUUCCUGCACGGCUGAGACGACAUGACCCCCUGAGCUAUGCAGCCUCCAAACUCUCAGCCAUUUUUAAUAAUUACUGGGAUUUUUUUUAUUGUAGUGGUGCACUAAAAAAAAAAAAAGAAAUUCAGGGUUCAUUUCACAAUUCCUGAUAUCGGCUGCUUGGAUGGUCACACGCAUGCAGAACAGGGUGCUUUUAUUUUGGUCAUUUCACACCUCCUAUGGCUGGAGUCACAGAUGCUGAUGGUUCAGGUUUAGUCAAAUGUUCGAAAGAAGCGACCAAUGGAGCCAAGGGGAGCUCGUCUGGACCACAGUGGUUCUUUUAGGAUCCAGAACUGUCAUAGGAACAAGCGCAUUUUUUUUUUUUUGCGGGGCUGCUUUAAUAUUUUUGCACUUCAUGUGCUGGAAGCCCCUGCAGUGUAUUUUGGAUGGGACUGGCGCGUCUGUAUUAUGAUGGUCUUAAAAUGAAGCUGGAAAGUGAAUGCAACACUUUUUGGGGGCUGAUUGGCUGACAGGAUUGCGGUCUGCGUUGGACUGUGUGAUAACCCAAAAGAGGCUGAUCUAAUGAUGCAUUUCCUAUUCUCUUAUGUCAUGUAUAUUUUUUUUCUAGUGUAACUAUGUUCAAUUAUGUGACUUGAAAACGUGUUUGUAUUGUGUUUUAUAUAUAUUUAUGCAUAAUAAAUGAUGCCGUGCA